UAAUUAAGGCUUUGUUUGUGCAGAACAAAGAUAGCAAAUACUGUCAAGUCAGUGUUGAGCUGCUUAGCUGUGACUAUUUACAGCGAGUUGCUUGCUCUUUGUGCGAGACGACAAGCUUAAUCAGGCGGCUGCUGCUUCUACAGCCAGCCAGCGAGGGAGACGGAACAACAUACGAGAUCAGGAGAGAGGCUGGGGGGCAGUAUAGAGGCACCAGAGAGACAGCUGAGAGACCACAGAGAGAGAUAUACAACAAGUGGCAGCUGAGAGGCAGCUGAGGCAAACACACAGCAAGUGGCAAAGACUGCCAGCUUGAGAAACAGAUUAACGACAACCACCCACGACCCCAAACACACACACACCAUGUCCAACACCAUCUCCUCCGCCGUCUCGAACACGGCAGCUGCUGCGGCGGCUGCCACCACGGCGCUACGUGCAACACCGCAGGGCGGUAUCCUCGAGGGCGCGAACCCAGCGACGUAUGACCCAAAGAAUCCGAUUAUUUUGUUCAUUAUACAGGUAACCAUUAUCAUCAUCUUCUGCCGCCUCCUCCACUACCCCCUCUCCCUCAUCCGCCAACCCCGCGUCAUCGCCGAAGUCAUUGGCGGCAUUGUCCUGGGCCCCUCCGUUAUGAUGCACAUCCCCGGGUUUAAAGCGGCCAUCUUCCCCGACGCGAGUCUACCCAUCCUCAAUCUCGUCGCCAACCUCGGCCUUAUUCUAUUCCUCUUCCUCGUCGCCCUCGAGACAGACCUCCAAAUGUUCAUGAGAAACUGGCGGGUCGCCCUCUCCGUCGGCCUCGCCGGUAUGAUUCUCCCCUUCGGCCUCGGGUGCGGCAUUGCGUAUGGACUAUAUCAUCAAUUCCGUACCGACGAGGGCAUUGUCCCCAUCUCGUUCCCCGUGUACAUGCUCUUCAUCGGCACGGCGCUCAGCAUCACGGCGUUUCCGGUUCUGUGCCGUAUCCUCACCGAGCUGAACCUCCUCGGCACGCCAGUCGGUGUUACGGUUCUCGCGGCAGGUGUAGGGAACGAUGUCGUGGGCUGGGUGCUCCUCGCUCUGUGCGUUGCGCUCGUUAAUAACGGGUCCGGCAUCACAGCGUUGUACGUCGUUCUCUGCACAAUCGGGUGGAUCUUAUUCCUCUUCUAUGCUGUUCGGCCGUGUCUUAUCUGGUUGCUGCGACGCACGGGGAGCAUCAAGAACGGGCCAACCCAGGGGAUGAUCACGCUGAUUUUGCUUCUGACGCUGUUCUCGGCGUGGUUCACUGGCGUCAUUGGCGUGCAUCCUAUUUUCGGCGGCUUCUUGGUCGGGCUAAUAUGUCCCCAUGAUCAAGGCUUUAAAGUGAAACUAACGGAGAAGAUUGAAGAUCUAGUGACUGUGUUGUUCCUCCCGCUCUACUUUGCGCUGUCGGGACUGAACACGAAUCUGGGGCUGUUGAAUGAUGGAACAGCAUGGGCGUAUGUUGUUGGGAUUAUUGCAGUUGCUCUGGUAGGGAAGAUCGUAGGCGGGACGCUGGCGGCGAGAUCUUGCAAGCUGGUUUGGAGAGAAAGUCUUACCAUUGGCGUGCUGAUGAGUUGUAAGGGAUUGGUAGAACUGAUUGUGCUGGUAAGCUCCCCAAGCAGUCGACCACACCAACAGCUAUUAACAUCCGUAGAACAUCGGUCUCCAAGCCAAGAUCCUCUCUACAAGAACCUUCACCAUGUUCGUCAUCAUGGCCCUCGUCACAACCGUCAUCACUUCCCCCGCAACCAGCGCCCUCUAUCCGCCCUGGUACCAGAAGAAGCUCGAAGCCUGGAAGCGCGGCGACAUCGACUGGGAGGGCAACGAGCUCCGCGCCUCCGCCGACUCCCUCGAGAAACUCGAGUCCACACAAAUCCACAAACUCCUCGUCUACCUACGCCUCGAGUCUCUUCCAGCGCUAUUCACACUCAUCGACCUUCUCGGCGGCGAAAAGCCCGCCCCCAUCACCCGCGUGCACAAAUCGCGCCUCCCCUCCGUCCCCGAAGACCCCUCCUCCGAAACUACCACCCCCGAACACGCGCUCGAAGUCCACGGCGCGCGCCUCCUCCCCCUCACCGAGCGUACCUCGUCCGUAAUGAAAGUUUCAGCAGCAGACGACUCCUCGUCCGAUCCUAUCCUCAACACCUUCCGCACCUUUGCGCGCCUCAACGCACUCCCCGUCUCUGGUACAAUCAGCACCGUCCCUGUCACCUCCUUCGCCACCGAGCUGCUCUCCAAAACCUCUUCUCUCUCUCCCGACCUCCUUCUCGUCCCCUGGCCAUCCUCCCUCCCGGCCGAUAGCGAAGCCGACGCCCCGCCACGCAGACCCGCGCCGUUCACACCAGGCGCACACUCGGCAUUCAUUUCAGAGCUCUUAUCCGAAGCCCCAUGCAACGCAGCGAUCCUUAUUGAUCGCAGUUUCGGCGCACCCGUCUCAUCAGCCGACAGGGGACACCACAUUUUCUUCCCCUUCGUCGGCGGAGCGGACGACCGCGUAGCUCUACGUUUCGUCCUUCAACUCGCGAAGAACAGACAUGUCACCGCGACCGUGCUCCAGGUAAUCCACACCGCAGCACCCGAGGUGAAGCCUCCCCCUCCCACAGUGCCAGGGAUUGGCGCGGAGGCGUUCGCGCCGCGGUUGGGGAUGGGUAGUCGACGCGGGAGCCGGGCGAGUGCGGUUGCGGCGGCGGAGGAUGCCGUGCGGGGGAUGGUGGAGAGGAGAGAGGCAGAUGCGGCGUUCUUGUGUGCGCUGAGGGAUUCGUUGCCUGCGGGG